UUGUUAUAUGGUUUAUAUUGUUAAGUUGAGAAGGUGUAGAAAUGUCACGAUCAAAAUCUGAAAAGAUUGGAAAUGGUAAUAAAUGUGAAUUAAGUGUAUGGACACGUGCGAUAACAGCUAAUUCCGAAUGGCCAGAUAAAGAAGAAUUUUUGGAUGUUAUAUAUUGGGCUAGACAAGCAAUUGGUAUUAUAGUUGGUAUAGGAUGGGGUCUUAUACCUUUAAAAGGUUUUGUAGCUCUACUAUUAUUUGUAUUAGUUAAUGCGGGUGUUACAUACCUAUAUUUUAGCAAUUUUCAACAAAUUGACGAAGAAGAAUUUGGUGGUAUAUGGGAAUUAACUAAAGAAGGUUUUAUGACAUCAUUUGCUGGUUUUUUGGUCACAUGGAUCAUUAUAUAUUCAGGAUUACAUUUUGAUUAAUCAUUUUUAAACUAAAAAUAUUAAUAUAUAUAUUUUUCAAGAAUCAAGUAUGCAAUUUACCUAUAUUUUGUGGAGAACAAGUUUUUCAUAUAGAUUAUAUGUUUUGAAUUUAUGGUGUAUUUAAUAAACAUACAAUAGAA